AUGAAUUAUGGUGGGGCAAAUGAAAUAACAGCCUGUGGAGAAGGGGCAGGGAAUGUAGCUAGCGGUGAUGGCUAUAGGAACGUUAAGGGGUUACCAGGGCAAUGUUCGCACAAUGGAGUAAAGUAUGCUACCUUUUUAAAGCUUCUCAUGUUUGUCCUGUUCAUAUGGAUAGUACAGGAUUCACACGAGAGCACAAACCAUGGAAUUAUGCAAGAGACCCUCCAGCGAGGACAGGGAAUCAUACAAAAAAGCGCUAACAGAUUAUUAGCAGAAUCGCCAAUGAAUUUGGAGGAAGUAUUUGGAACAUUCAAAGAAAACGUUUUGGAAAAAUUAGGGUGUGAUGAAAAACAAUGCCAACUGGUAAAGAAUUCUGUAAAGUCCUAUUUCGAUAAAAUAAAAUGGAAUGUGUCAAAUCAACAGAAUGCAGAGGAGAAGGAGGAAGGAAGUGGAGGAUCAGAUAACUCUACGGAUAAAGCAAAUAAUGAAGGAAAGGGGAAUUAUAAAUGUGGAGGAAUUUUCACUUCGCUCAUGAAUUUAGUGUUAAAUUACAAACUUACAUCUCUCACCAUUCUUAUUUUAGCUCUUGCAUAUUAUAAAUCUCGAUACCUACUCGUAGUUAUGGGUGCAGUUAUACUGCUAAAUAUAUUUUGGGAGUUAGAAAGCUUAAAUAAAAAAUUGAAAAUUUUCUGA